GCUCUUUCCUGAUUCCUCCAAAAACAGAUCAAUCUUGCUUGCUAGGUCGGUCCCUCCACUCCUCUGUGUCUUUUUUAUCUCUGCUUCCUUGCAAACAGGCCCUGCCUUCGUGACGAAGAAAAACCUCCCUCUCUCUCACAAAUCCGUGGCGAUGCAAGAAACCGAGCUACAAGAUUUGUCCGACGACGCGGAUUAUGCAGCGUCACAGCUACAAGGGUCGGCGAGCAUGGUGCGAAGCAAUAGCCGCAAACAGAGCUGGUCGAGCGAGCCCGACGGUGCCGAGAUCGUUUAUCUGAAGGAUAAUGUGACUAUUCAUCCGACGCAGUUCGCUUCAGAGAGGAUCAGUGGGCGAUUGAAACUGAUUAAGCAAGGCUCUUCUCUCUUUAUGACGUGGAUUCCAUACAACGGGCAAAGCUCGAAUGCGAAGCUGUCUGAGAAAGAUAGGAAUCUUUAUACCAUAAGGCCAGUCCCUUUUACGGAGGUGCGGUCGAUUCGGAGGCACACCCCGGCACUCGGGUGGCAGUACAUUAUCGUUGUUUUGUCAUCAGGACUUGCUUUUCCUCCACUUUACUUCUACAAUGGAGGAGUUAAAGAGUUUCUUGGUACCAUAAAGCAACAUGUUUUUCUUGUGAGGUCUGCAGAAGGUUCAAAUGUAUUUCUAGUGAAUGAUUUUCAAAAUCCUCUCCAGAGAACGUUGUCUUCUUUGGAGCUGCCUAGGGCUGUUUCUCUUGCUAGCGAGCCAUCAAUGUCCAUUUCAGUUGGCGAGUCCCCUUUAAAUGAUGAUCAGGAGAGAGCUGAUGGCGAGGUUCGUAAUGAGAGUUCCAAUCUUUCUCAAAACAAUGUGAUGCAAAGGCAAAAGGUUCAUGAUCCUGCUCGAGAUCUCUCAAUUCAGGUAUUGGAAAAAUUCUCUCUUGUGACCAGAUUUGCCCGGGAUACAACUUCACAACUCUUCCGUGAAAGUCAUGGUAAUGGAUAUGGUGCAAUUGAGAGGAGAAGCCAUAAGCAGUCUUCCCUUGAUUGCCCUAAAAAGACAUCCAAUAUUGAAGAAAAAGCUCCUGAAGAAAUCCCUUUGGCAUCAGAUCCUUUGGUUGAUAAAUUAACGCUGGUAUGGGGAAAACCACGGCUGCCACCUUUGGGGCCUGAUGAGUGGUCCAUGCUCUUGGAUUCUGAAGGGAGAAUCAUGGAUUCAAAAGCUUUAAGAAAGAGAAUAUUUUAUGGGGGAGUGGAGCAUGGAUUACGGAAGGAGGUAUGGGCAUUCUUGCUUGGAUACCAUCGCUAUGAUUCAACAUAUGCUGAGAGGGAAUAUCUUAGGUCCCUUAAAAAGACAGAGUAUGAGACCAUAAAGAUUCAGUGGCAGAGUAUCUCCCCUGAACAGGCAAAAAGAUUUACGAAAUUUAGGGAGAGAAAAGGCCUUGUUGAAAAAGAUGUGAUAAGGACUGACAGAUCACUCUUCUUCUAUGACGGGGAUGAUAAUGCAAAUGUGAAUCUGUUGCGUGAUAUUUUGCUAACAUACUCAUUCUACAACUUCGAUCUUGGUUACUGCCAGGGUAUGAGUGAUCUCUUGUCCCCAAUAUUGUUUGUAAUGGAUGACGAGCCAGAGGCAUUUUGGUGUUUUGUUGCGCUGAUGGAUCGGCUUGGACCCAAUUUCAAUCGUGACCAAAAUGGCAUGCACUCUCAACUAUUUGCAGUAUCCAAGUUGGUGGAGUUGUUAGACAGCCCAUUGCAUAACUAUUUUAAGCAGAAUGACUGCCUCAACUAUUUCUUUUGUUUUCGCUGGGUUCUAAUACAAUUCAAAAGGGAAUUUGAAUACGAGAAAACAAUGCUGUUAUGGGAGGUAUUGUGGACUCAUUAUUUGUCGGAGCACCUACACCUGUACGUAUGUGUGGCAAUAUUGAAACGAUAUCGCGGUAAAAUAAUGGGGGAGCAGAUGGACUUCGACACUCUCUUGAAAUUCAUUAACGAACUGAGUGGUCACAUUGACCUUGAUUCAAUCCUCCGGGAUGCAGAGGCUUUGUGCAUAUGUGCCGGUGAGAAUGGCGCGGCUUCCAUUCCUCCUGGAACCCCUCCCUCAUUGCCUGUUGAUGAUGGUUUUUUAUACCCUCAACAAGAUGACGACGUCUUGUAAUUGGGGCCCCUCGCUAUUCCAUUUAUAGACUUUCUAGUCUCACAUCUGUACAAACACGUUCACUGCUCUAUUUCCGUGUAAUUAAUUGCUGUGUUUUUUUUUUCCACCGACCAUGUCAAUGGGUCUAUCAAAUCGAAUCGAUAAACUGUAUCUUUGUUGACGGUUCUCAUCCGGCUAUAUGCAUCACAUGGCGCCAAAGACCAUUGGAUU